AUGCCUCGGCCAAGUGGUAGGGGUGUUCGUGGCCAUGUCCCUGGUCGUGGUGCUGAUUCUGGGAAUGCAGCCGCUGCUGUUGUCCCUGGUCGGGUUGCUGGUCCUGGGUUCACCGCCUCUCCUAGGCGUGCGGUGGUCCCUGGGAUUGCUAUAUGUUACGUGCCACAUCAGCCUGUUGGGUGUCCUCCUCGAAGCCGUACAAGUGAUGGCUGGUUCCCUUUUCUGAGCUCGACCGUGGCUGCGGUAAAUCGUAGAAAACAGAAAAUGUGCGUUGAGUUUCGGCGCGCUCGAUAUGAAGAACAUGUCGUUGAUGGGCCUUUGCCGAAGGAUUGGCAUGGUUUCUCGGUUUAUGUGAGUUCGGAGGUGACUGGGGUAGACCUCAACAGACGGAAAAGAUGGAAAGUGUCGAUUAAAUUGCAACAUCCUAGAUGUGAAGAGAUUGUUGUCCAAGGGCCUGUGCCGAAGGAUUGGCAAGGUUUCUCGGUCAAGUUUGCCGAGUCCCUUAAAGCUUGCUAUGCAGAUAGGUCGUACUACGGCCCUCCGGAUUUCUUGUGCCAAUACUGUGGUGCCUCCUUAUGGUUUGCUGAGUGUUCAAAGUCUAGGUCAUCCUGGACACAAUGUAAGAUGGUUUAUAAUCGCUAUUGUAAAGGCGCUAAGUGUUUUAUACCGUUGAGUUCCAGAAGUGGGGACUGCCUCACGUGCAUAUACUUGUCUGGUGGAGAGGGGGUAAAGAUGGCGAUGACUGAUCUGCAGGCUCUUCUUGUGGGGAACAAGAACCUGACCAUCCAUGUGUAUGUUUCGCGUCUGUAG